GUCCCCAAAGUCUAGCCGACUACAUGAGGAGGCUGAAGUUAGUGGGCUGCGACAAAUUUGUGAUAAAGGAAAGCAUAAGUGGAGCACAUUUCAUGGAAAUGACGAUGGGUGACCUUCAAGUGUUCCCCAGCCUUUAUGUCCCAUUAGUUAGUAAGAUUCAAAGUGAUAUCAACAAGGGGGAUCAGAAGAGGCCCUUUGGUCAAAAAUCAAAGGCACCAAAGUUCCCAAAACAAGUACUUGUACAGGAGGAAGAACACUGGGACUCUGAUGAGUUUGACAAUGAAAGUGAUAACGACUAUGAAGGUCCAGAGGAAGACGGCUACAUCUGUGCCAUUACUGAGCCACAGACAGUUGAGCAGGAAGACAGUGACGAGAACUACGAAGAGACCAACGAGAGGCCUUCCUCUGCAGAAAUAAUGAAGCCACCUCGACAUCCCAGAGUGGUUAAAGUUCAGGACAGUGUUUGCAGAGAUCCUGUUCAUGAGCCGACCCCUGCUGAAAGGACCUCUAAACCUCGGCCGACCUGUCCACCAAGAAUGAACCAGACUCCUCAGAGACCUUUUAAAGCACCAGCCGGCCAAACCAAUCUGCAAAUCGACAGGAGCAGGAAGCCUGGACAGUUUGGCCCAUCCCAGACAGACCUUACAAAAUCAAAGGGCGGCAUUGUCAAGGCUCCUGGCUCUUUCACAAGCAAUAUCCCUAAACCAAGAGUCCCCAAACCCAUAGAUGUCCCCAACAGAGCAGGUAUACUCCUUCCAGUUAUAUCAGUGCAAACACAGCCUGCUAAGGUUAACAACUCAAUACCAGGACAAAGUAAGGGUUUGGAUCCCAGCUGGUAUGGAGGAAAGCUGACCAGACGUCAGGCUGAAGGUGCCCUCAGAGAGGUGAACAAGGACGGGGCAUUUGUGGUGAGGGACAGCUCACAUGGCGCCGCCGAGCACCCCUACACCCUGAUGCUGCUAAAACAAGGCAAGGUUUACAACAUUAUGAUCCGUAACCAAGGCAACUCCUACUCCCUCGGCACCGGCUUCAAAAACAAGAGUUUCCCCGGGGUGAAGGAGAUGAUUACCCAUCACACAAACACCCCACUGCAGCUCAUUGAUGCCGCAGACCAGAGCGCUGAAGGGCAGAGCCAGUGCUGUCUGCUGCACCCUGUGGGACUCUGACCAGUACCAACACCAAGCUUAAUGAGUACCUCUGUUCUUCAGUCCUCGGCUUCAGGUCAAGCUGGGGGGUUGCUGCUUCAGCUCCUCUUGUAUUUUCAGAAACGCCAACUUGUCAGGGUGGCCAACACAAACGAUCAGAUCACAUUGCCUCAGCUGGGUUCGCACUGCAGGCAGAAAAAAAUCCAGAAAACCUUGUUUCACAAGUUCCUCAGGUCAACACAGUUCUUAGAUGUCCUAAAGUUACAUUACAAAAUAUAUAAGGUUCUACAUCAAAGAUAGUAGUACUUAACAGGAUAUCACCUGAAUGUUAAACUUGGAUACAUGCCUCUCUAUUUUAUCCUGUUACUAUAAAGUGGUUUUGGUAUUCACUGUAUAUCUGACCCAAAGAUGUGCUACUCAA